AUGGCUUUCCAACAGUGGGGACAGCAGUCUAAGAAGCGUGGUCGGGACGACGACGGCGAUGUCGCCAUAGGAGGCACAGAGGGCUUCACAGAGCAUCGCAAUAAACGGCUGCAAUCGCUUCCCUUCCGCACCUCUCCCACGUCCAAAAAGCUGUCCUUCCAGCCCAGUUUCAACAACGGAUAUACAGCGCCGAACCCAUUUAACGCCCACCAACCACCACGCACCUUGACUCCCAGCGAUUCCGACUCGGAGGAUGCGAAGAAUGCGGGCAUGCAACAAAAGUCCACCUUCAGCACUUGGUCAUCCACCACACCAGCGGUGACCAUGUCCCAUGGCUCGAACGGCGCCGCCUUUGUCCAUGCUCCCGAGAUGGUUGACGGAUACCGCACACAUGAUGUUGAUAUGGAUAUGGAAAUGGACACCGACGACAAUGUGCAGGAUUCUGCUCAAUUAAGUCCAGGGCACAGCCAACCAGACCCCAUGCAGCCGGGCGGCAUCACCAGUAGGAUGCCCACACCCAUCCACUGCUCCUUCGCUGCUCAAGUUAGGGGCAACAACUGGAGUGGAGCGGCAGGCAACUCGGUACCGGCCCCGAGUCUUGCCCAACCUCCUACCGACCGUUCCGUCCCUCGGUCGCUAGAUCGAACAGCCUUGGCCGACUGGAACAUGGUGCAGAACCGACGACUGCCGUCCCCUAUUAGUGAGAGCGGAGGCGAGGAGCUUGGUUCUCCCAGGAUGCUGCUUGAUGGCCAGGUUCACCCAGGCAUGCCCCCUAGAGCGGCAUCUGCCAUGGAGUUUUCCGCACCUGCACGCACCAUGAGUGCCCUCAGUAUUGUUAGUGACAACACUGGAGGGCCAGGCUCGACCUGUUCGGAGCAUAUUCACAGCACCGAGUCCAACGGCGACCAUGCCAUGGAUGUCGAGGCGCCCGUCGCACCGUCGCCCAAGAAGGGACACACGCGCAGUCGCCACACGCUUAACAGCUGGACACAGAAGGAAUAUUCGCAUACUAUAGAGCACCCCAUCUGGAGACAGCUUUUUGGAUUCGAGAUCGACGAGGGCAAGGCUUUCUGGAGGGCCAAGAAGGAACAGCUCGCCAAGGAAUGGGCCUCUUUGCGAAAUGUAGGCUGCAAAGAGCACGUCAUGAAUAAUCAGGGACACGUCGAUGGACAUGCCGACAGUCAGGUUGUUGUCGCGAUCCCCCAACCGUCUGAGCGAAGGAUCGAGCCUCUGUCCGACGAAUGGUUCGAUGAUCUGGACAAAUCGAUCGACGAAAUCACCAGACUCUUUGAAGAGAUGCGCGUCGCGCCGCCUGAGCCAGAGGAUGCCACCUACAUUCAGCAAGCAGAAGACGGUCUUGCCGCCAUGGAAAAGGACCUAACGCACUGCUUCAGUAGCUUGGAAACCUUGAAACGGCGUCUCGGAAACAGCGGGCGCCGCAAAGGGACCACAUCCAGCGACAUUUCUGACGACGACCUUUACAGACCAUUUCGACCACGGUCUCUGGACUUGGGUGCACUGCAACGGGUGAAGAAAACCAAAUUCCGUGUGGGCCAUCGGAAGUCAAUGUCUUCCGUGAGCUCGUCUCUCGGGGAGGCGGCGUUGAAGAACUUUUUCAGAUGCUAG